CGCGCGACGAUCCACUCCAGUCUUCAAAGCCAAUCACUCUUUACCUUGCCCGACAAGGAUGGCGGGCUCCUUCUCCUUGAGCUUGCCAGCGCUGGAUGCGCUCCCGUAUCACGAUUCAGAGCUCGACCGCAAGCCCGGCUUGCGCAACCGCGUCGAACGAGCUAUCGCCGACGAGCUCCAGCGCGGCCCCGCCAUGUCGCUCUCUGAUGCUCGUCUCCCGCCCGAAUUUGAGCCAUUCUCCAGCCGACCAGAGCUGCGGGAGCUGUACGAUCGAGCAGUCCGAUCAGAGCACCUCGACGCCCUGGACAGGACGAGGUACAGCCUGCCGACACCUCCGACGCAGGACGCCGACUCGGCAGAGGCGUGGAACGGCAGCUUGUCGAACGCCAUCUCGCAGCUGAUGCAUUCGGAGCAGAGACAGUCGAACCUCGAGCUCUUAAAGAAGUAUGGAUCGAACCACUGGCGUCUGCACAACUUCCAACAAGAGGCCAUGAUGCGUCACCUGGACAGACAUGCCGCGGACAAAACCGAGGAGACCAACGAGGUGAAUCGGCGCAGGAAACGUAGCCAGCUCGAGGUGGGCGCGGGGCUCGAUCGAGCGAAUUCAAAAUGGGCACAGCUCGUCAGCGACAACCUGCAGCUCGAGGUGGCUAAUUUGGCGGCACAGGCGGAAGUCGAUGCGCUUGAGCUGCAGAGCGAGUCACUUGCAAAGCGACUCAAGCAACUCGACGAUGGCGACGAAUGAUGUGCGACCACCACCUUAACCAGCACUGCCGCAAUUUCUCUUCACUCUGUAUUUGUAGACGAUGUAAUCCAAGCAAUAUCUUCC